AUGCUUGUCAACACGGUGGCGCUCGCCGGCGUCUUGGCCCUUUUGGAUUGUGCCUCGGCCUCGGCCCUCAAGAAACGCCAGGUCCUCAAGGAUGAAAACGUCGCGGCUCGCCUUGCCGGAGGCGCCAAAGUCGGCGACCAGUGCCACCCGCCGGGCACCUACUCGCUCGGAGGCGAAAAAGCCAUCCCCCCCUGUCUGUCAGAGCAGGCCAUUGCCCUCAAGUGUGAAAUCGUGACGCAGGUCAAGAAGAACACCACCUCAGAGGCCAACUGGAAGGCGUAUGGCAGCUGUCUCAGAGACCAAAGCAGCUCCUACUUCCAAGACGUCAACGGCUGCCUGGCCUGCAAAGCCGCCCACAACCACAUGUCCCAGCAGCAGUUUGAAUGGUACACACAGGCGUGGGCCCAGGGCCAAAAGGCCUUUCUCAACGACACCGUGCCCAAGGCAACGGCGUGGGAAUACGUCCAGGGCGCCAUCAACGGCACGACGUGCCAGCAGAAUGGCACCAACGCGACCAUUUCAGGCUGGGCAUGCUGGAACCAGCUCCCCGCGGGCACCGGCAUCGCGACCAAGAACCUGACCAUUGACGAGUACUACAAGGACCGGCCCAAGACGCAAAACAUUGGAAGCUUCGAGUUUGGCGGCAAGUCGUUUCCCGAGUCGUCCUCGGUAGAGCUGGGCCUGCUGGUGCCCACGUUCGAGAUCAAGGCAGACGUCGGCUACUUCUCCUCUGUCAAGCUGGAAAACGGCAAAAUCACCUCGGAGCUCAACGCCACCGCCAAGGUCGAGAUCCUGACCCAGUACCAGGAGAUCACGUCCAUCUUCAACUUCACCAAGCCCGACGAGUUCACCGUGCUGCCCGUGAUUAAUGCGCCCGUCCCCGUCAAGGACUCGGUCGCGACGGUCCCCAAGGCCGAGGCGGCCGACCUCCCCGCCGUCAAGUGCGACGCCAAGUGCCGCGACGGGGCGCCCACCAUUGACAAGAUCCAGGAGGUUGCGGCCCAGGGACCCAAGGAGGCCGACAAGGCUGUGGUGGAGGCCUGCAAGCCUGCCCUGAGGGACUUGGAGGAGAACAAGCCCCUGAGCGUCACGCACAAGGUGCAGAUUAUCACGGAGAUCCAAAUCAAGACGGAAAUCAACGCCCCGGUCAACUUUAAGGGUCAGGCUCCUCCUCAGCAGAAUGGUCCUGGGCCCUCGGACCCCAAGGGCAUUGAACCCCCUAGCCAGAAGGGCCCUGAGACUCCCAAGGAGAAGGGUUCUGGACCUUCAGACCCCAAGGGCUCCGAAACUCCAAGCCAGAAGGGCCCUGAGCCUCCUAAGCAGACUGGUUCUGCGCCUGCCGGCCAGAAGGGCCCCGAGACUUCGACCGAGGAUGACAAGUGCGAAGACGACAGUGAGGCUCCUGCAGCUCCUCCUGUCGGCGGAGCCGACAAGGGGGCGUCCAAGGAAAAGCUCAAGGAGACGCCCAAGGAGACGGCCAACGCUACUUGCGAGCAGGGUGAUCCUGCGAAGGCUAGUGUCAAGGUCACUAUCUGCCAGAUGCCCGGUGAGAAGGACUGCAAGACGUAUUACCAGUAG